AUGGCGAGUGCGCAACGGGGAGAGAGCAGCAAUCCUUACGGCGAUGGAUUGGGAGCCGGUGGAAAGUUGCGGAAGCCGACGGCUCGAAAGUCUCAGAAAGGUCCAUAUGAUCGACCACCGACUUCUGUGAGGAACUCUGGAGUUGGGGGAGGGGAAAACAGAGGCGGCGGCUGGUUGUCGAAAUUGGUGGAUCCGGCGCAGAGGCUUAUUACUUAUAGUGCUCAUAGGCUCUUCGCGUCUGUUUUCCAGAAACGCCUCGUCUCAGGCGAGACGCCCUUACAGUCACCGGAGAAGCAGCAGCAGCUUCCACAAAGAGAUUUGAAUCAGGAGACGAAGGUAGGACACCCGGAGAACAUCUCUGCUUUGUCCAAGAAGAAUAAUUCGAUUCGGAAGGAAGACACCAAUGCAACCGUCGAUCCAACCAAGGGUGGAUUUACAGAUCUUGAGAAAAUUUUGAAGGAGAAAACUUUUACAAGAUCUGAAGUUGAUCGAUUAACUUCCUUGCUGCGCUCGAAAGCUGCUGAUUCGUCCACUGUAAACGGGGAUCAGAGAAAUGAACUGAGUAUCGUGAGACAUCCGGCAUCACAUGAGAGGGAUAGGUCGCAUCCAGAUAAUGGAAGUAUGAACGCCCAUGUUUCAACACCUCUUGGAAGUUCGAGGGCUCACGAUGAGUGCAUUGCUUCGCCUGCACAGCUUGCGAAAGCCUACAUGGGUAGCAGACCUUCAGAAGUUACUCCUUCUAUGCUGGCGAUGCGUGGACAAGCGGUUAGGGAAGAUUCUGUUUUCCUGAACAGAACCCCUUUUCCGUCAAUGUCACUGGUGCCGAAGCCUUCUGGACAAAGACCUCUGGAAAAUGGCUAUGCCACCCCUAGAUCUCGGGGAAGAUCUGCUGUUUAUAGCAUGGCCAGAACACCCUACUCUAGGCCUCAGUCCACUGUGAAGGUUGGGUCUCUUUUUCAGGCUUCUCCAAGCACAUGGGAAGAUAGCUUACCUUCUGGUUCUAGACAAGGGUAUCAAUCGGGUCUCAAACGGAGGAGCUCAGUUUUAGAUAGUGAUAUAGGAUCGGUGGGCCCUGUAAGGAGGAUUCGCCAGAAAUCUAACCUUUCAUCUAGAAGCUUGGCUCUGCCUGCCUCAGAAAGCCCACUUCCUGUUCGUGCCAAUGGUGGACAAAACAUUACACAUACAUCUAAAGAGAAUAUUGCUGGUUCAAGUUUUAACCUUGUCCCUUCCAAGUCCACUGAGAUGGCUACAAAAAUAUUCCAGAAUAUUGAUAAAAUGGUUAUAACAAAGGAUAAAUCACCAAGUAAGUUAUCACAAUCUAUGCUACGUGGCCCGGCUCUCAAAAGCCUCCAGAAUGUGGAGGCGCCUAAGUUCUUGGAUAAUCUUCCUGAGAAGAAGGCAAAUUCGCCAGGUUCUAGUUAUCAGAAGCAGGAAAAAUCUAGAGAGAGUGGAUCCAGAGAGUUCUUGGCUCUGAGUGAGAAGACUGGUGGUACUGUUGAUCACACAAGCAUAGCAGGUUCUAGUAAAUAUCAGGAGACUCAUGAUAAAGGCGCUUAUUUGCCUCUCACGAGUUCUUUGGAAGAGCAUCCUCCAAAAAAGAGAGCAUUUCGGAUGAUUGCGGAUGAGGAUUUCUUGGAGUUGGAUGAUGAUGAUGGUGCGGCAUCUACUCCAUCUGAGGUGGCAGAAACAAAGAAUGCCUUUAAAGUGGAGAAUGGUGUUGGUAUCAGCAUGCCUAAAGGGGAGAAAUUACUUACUUCAUCUGAGGCCAUACCCUCUACGUCAAAAAUUCCUAAUGGUGACGCCUCUCAGGGUACUUCUAAUGGGUCUCUGGAAACUGGAAGGAGCCAAUUUUCUGCUUUACCCAUUGAAUCUGUUCAGCAAAGUGAUAUGGCAUCUGAGCCAUCUUCAGAGUUCAUCCAAGGGACCGAGAAAUCGAGUAUUUCUCUUGGCAAUCUUACCUCGGAUGAGAAAGUUAUAUCUCGGGAAGAGCCUAAAAAAGCUGCUGCUGUGUUUCCCAACACCUUCUUGUCACCGGCGGCCACUGACUUAUUAAAUCAAAACAAUAAUGCAUCUGCAGGCAUCAAGUCAGAAAAAACGAGCAGCUCUGCUUUCGGAGUAUCCGAGGUUUUUGCAAAGCCAACUGAAAUAAAGGACACUAUCAGCAACAGUGCUUCUGGAGCUGAGUCAACUACCUCAGCUGCACCAACCCUCAAUGGUAGUAUAUUCUCAGGUGGAGCAAACGCUGUCAUCCAACCUCUGAUUAAUGGCUCUGUUGCUUCAAGCCCGUCCUUCCCACCUAGUAUACCUUCCGUUAAUUCUGUGAGUGAGGUAUCUUGCACUGUGACCAGUAAGGACAGCAACUCCGUCAGCAACUCACAAUCAACUUCCGCACCUCCCCUCUCUUCUGCAUCACCUUUCAAGUUUGGGGAAACUGUAGCGCCAUUUGCUGCGUCAACGUUGUCUGCAGCCAGCGGUCAGAUCUCAAAGGAGACUGAAGUGAAAAACCCAUCGUUUGGAAAUACAAACGGUUUCAAGUUUAGUGGUAUGGCUUCAGCAAAUACAAGCACCGGAAAUAAUUUUGCUGUUAAAUCCUCCGAUAUUAAAAGCAAGCCAGAUUUUGAGUUUGGGAGGUCAUCUCCUGCUGUGGCAAAUGCAGAUAAUAAUAUCUUUGGUGGCAGCACAUUGAACUCUUCUAGUGCUGCAUCUGGAAGCUUCAUAUCUGGUGUGAUAACCCCUGCGACAGAGACGGGCAAAUUUUCAGGGAGUUCUGCAGCUUCUACUGGAAGCAAUACUUUUGGUACUUCCUCUGCCAACAGUGUUUUUGGAUUCAAUGCUGCUUCAUCGGCUUCUGCAGCUACUACUGGAAGCAAUGCUUUUGGUGCUUCCUCUGCCAGCAGUGUUUUUGGAUUCAAUGCUGCUUCAUCGGCUUCUGCAGCUAGCUCUCAAUCUCAGGCCUCAAACAUUUUCGGUGCUGCAAAUGGUCAGACGGGUAAUAAUACUGGGAGCGGAACCACAACUGCAACUCAAAGCGCCCUGUUCCAGUUUGCGUCGUCUGCAUCAGCUCCUUCAUUUGGUUCGUCUGGGAACACUUUAUCAAACAGUUCUCCAUUUGGAUUAUCAAAGUCAGAACCUGCAAUGUUUACUUCUGGUUCAACACCUCAACUGAGUUCAACAAACUCCUCUGGAAGCUCUAGUGGAGCAACGAGCUCUUCCGUGUUUGGGACAAACUGGCAAGCUCCCAAGUCUGCUCCACUCUUUAGUUCCUCGGUCACCACUUCUUCAUCUCCUACCUAUACAUUUGGAGGAUCCUCUGCUGCUACUGGGUUAAGUGUUUCUGCUCCCGUCUUUGCUGCAUCUAGCAGCACGCCGUCAUCUUCACCCAACUUUGGUUUCAGCUCAACCGGUCCUGCCAUUCCUCAGCAGCCGGUAUUUGGUAACCCAGCCCCCUCAGCGACUCCGUCACAGUCUCUGUUUAGCAACUCAACUCCUGCGUUUUCGUUUGGUACACCACCAAAUACAAACGGUUUCAACAAUAAUAACCAACAAAUGAGCAUGGAAGACAGUAUGGCAGAAGACACAGACCAAGCUAAUAAAGCAUCCAUGGUACAGCCAACGUUUGGACAACCAACGUUUGGACAACCGACGUUUGGACAGCCGCCUGUCUCAAUGCCUCAUCCAGGCUUUACCUUCAGCGGAGCACCAGCAACGCCGCCUCCAUCGAAUGCUAACCCGUUCCAGUUUGGAGGCCAAGCGAUGGGAAGCACACCACAGAACGCAUCACCUUUUCAGGCAUCGCAGAGUCUAGAGUUCCAAGGAGGUGGGAGCUUCUCACUGGGCAGCACCGGAGGCGGCGAUAAGUCGGGCCGCAGAAUCUUCAAAGCCAAGAAAACCAACAGAAAGAAAAGAAUUAUGAGAAGAGUUUUCGGCGCGAAAAAGAACACAGAGCCUCCUCCGUCCAUUCAGGAUGCCUCUGAUCGGAUAAAUAAAAGAGGAGAUUCAGUAGAAGAUAGGAUAAAGAAGCUCGAUGUUGAGCUCUGCAAAUACAGAGAACAGAUCAAAAAGACAAGACCUGGUCCAGCUCAAGAAGCUCUCAAAGCUCGUGCUAUGAGGAUUCUGAAGCAGAAGAAAAUGUAUGAAGGACAACGCGACAUGCUCUACAAUCAGACAUUCAAUCUCGAUCAAGUUUCAUUCGCCGCUGAAGGCCUCAAAGAUGCUCAGCAAACUAUGACGGCACUAAAAUCUGCGAACAAGGAGUUGAAAGGAAUGAUGAAAACCGUAAAGCUUCAAGAUAUCGAUAACCUGCAAGAUGAGAUGAUGGAUCUGAUGGACGUGAGUUCUGAAAUUCAAGAAACACUCGGUAGGAGCUACAGUGUUCCUGAUGGCCUUGACGAAGACGAUCUCAUGGGAGAGCUUGAAGCUCUUGAAGCUGACAUGGGAAACGAGACCGAAGCAGAUGGAAUGCCUUCUUAUCUUCAACCCGACAAGCAAACUGAUUACGAUGAUGAGCUUAACUUGCCUACAGUACCCACCGGAGCUCCACCGGGUCGAGUUCAGGCUGAGGAUGAGUUCGGAUUACCGGCGGUGCCACGAGCUUCUCUCCGGGGAUAA